AUGAUUUUCUUAAUCACAAUCGACUCCCGACUCCACACCCCCAUGUACUUUUUCCUCCGAAUUUUGUCUUUCUCUGAUCUCUGCUAUUCCUCAGUGAUUGUCCCUCAGAUGCUGCAGAUUUUCAUAGCUGAGAGGAAAAGCAUUUCUCGCACUGCCUGCGCUGUGCAAAUGUAUUUCUUUCUUCAGUGUGUAGAUAUUGAGUGUCUCUUGCUAGCUGUGAUGGCAUAUGACCGUUAUGUGGCCAUCUGUAACCCACUGCUCUAUACGGUCAUCAUGUCCAGACAGCGCUGUAACCAGCUGGUGGCUGGGGUGUGUGUUGUGGGUUUGGUGGAUUCACUGAUACUGACGUGUUCUCUAUUCUGGCUGUCGUUCUGCAGCUCCAAUAUCAUCCAACAUUUCUUCUGUGACUACGCCCCACUGCUGCUUCUCUCCUGCUCUGACACCCACACCUGUGAAAUUCUGAUAUUUGCUUCCACAUGCUACAUCAUAGUGAGCAGCAUUGUGACCAUUCUCGUUUCCUAUGUCUGUAUCUUCUCCACCAUCCUGCGCAUCCGCUCUGCUGAGGGCCGGUACAAAGCCUUCUCCACCUGUGCUUCCCACUUGUGCGCGGUGGGCAUGUUUCAUGGCACCCAACUCUACAUCUGUUUCCAACCCAUCUCAACAUAUUCCAUUGAAUGAAGGAAUUGUUUGGAGGAAGGAAAUCUGCCAGUCUGGACUACAUGC